ACUGGAACCAGUUACUCUGAUGUCGUGACACGUAUCUACAGUGGGCAUCGACAGAACGCUGAGUUUCCAACAGUGUGGAUAAUGAACCAUCUCAUUUUAAAAUCCAUGAAAGUUCUUGAUGGACAAUGACAGAAGCUGGUCGUGAAAUUGUAUACAGAAGAGAUCCAGACAUACCAAUAUCAGAGUGCCAAACCUGUUCAGAACUAUUCAGGAAGAAGGAUAAAAUCUUCUCAGCCGAAAACAAAUUCUUGUUUUUGCAUGCACCAUCUGUUCUUAUCAACCUGCCAAAUGAAAAACUUCUUCCAGAAAAAAAGUGUGAUAGGAAGGUUGAUCGAAAUACAUUAGUUCUGAAACUCAAGAAAUACAUAUCAGCAUUACGGAACUCAGGAGGAGGAGUCAUACUUCUACAUAUUUGCGACCUUGACCGUGAAGAUAAAUACCUGGACCAUUUCCAUGAACUUGUCGAUGUCAAAUUCAAUCAAAUUAUUGAAGAUGGAAGUCUGUUUAUCCAAGUGUACAAGAAGAAUUGGUUAUACUGUUUAGCUGAUUGUUCUGAUGACGAAGGUGAGUCUGGAGAUGAUACAGAUGAAGAUUCCACUGAAGAAGCUACAGAUUACAAUUUGUAUAGAGAUGUAGUUGGUGUGACAGUAGUACCUUCUUUCUCAGUGGCAACAGUUAACUUCAAAACAAAACUCCCACUUGACAACGGUGUUGUAGAUCCAGUGAAUACUGAAAUAGUACAGUUCUUGAAGUGGAAGACAUUGUUCCAAAAUGUUACAGCUCAAAUACGCAAUUUGGACAAUUUGGACCGUUUACAUGAAAGUCGAUGUAUGCAAUUCAAGUCAGUUCAACCAGAUGGAGCAGGAGCAGAUGCCACUGGCAACAUUCUCAACAACCCUGAAAGACUGAAAGCAGAUAUGGCGUAUCAUAAAUCAAGUCACGGAGAGAUAAAAGAACCUGUUUCAAAGGCGCGUAUCCACGAAGUAAAUAGUGUGUCUUUUGACCAUCAUCGUCCACGCCUUUUGCAGGUUGGAAACAGUACCGACUUGAUAAAACAGCAUGUAUUCAGUGGAGGGGAAGUGUGUAUAUAUCCCAAACUGGACAUCAAUGAAGACUCUGGGAUCCGAUGGAUAAUACAUCAGAGACUCCAGAGCAGUUACAAGACAUGUUUUGCCUACACAGCCAAACUGAUGGCAGUGUCUGCUAAUAUUGCUGCCAAACCAAAUUCAGCUGAAGCCAUUUACGAUGUGAUUGUGUUUGUCCCAGAUGGACCUACAACAGUAUUCACAGUUAUCAGUGACAAAGUAAACAGCAAACGAAAGAGCAGAGUACUUGAGUAUAACCAGACACUCGCAAAAGGUAUUGUGGCAUCUGUCCGAAGGUAUGCAAAAGAACAGUUUAGUGUGGUUUUUGGGCUGAUGACAGAAACUGACCUCAAGGAUGAUGACAAGUUUAAGAAAGCCAUGGACACGAUCAAAGUCAAAACGUCCAAAUGGUGCAUUCCAGUUACACUGAGUAUGUCAGAGAAAAAGUUCAAGGAAGUCACUUCUGCAUUUAUCAUGUCAAUUGCUUUCACCAAUUGUGUUUUCACAGCGGAGGAAGGUAAUUCGCUGAACUGUCUCACGUUGGAGCAGUUUCGGGUCCUCACCGAAAACAUUGACUACAACCAAGUGGAAGUGAGUUCGGAACCUUCUUGUGGAGGGAACGUCCUGCUACUUGUGAUCGCACAACGACUAGAAAAAUCAGGCCAUACGGCAAUUGUUGCAAAGUCAGAGUCACUACUACAGAGUGCCAGGAGGUUGUCCAUAUGCCAGGAUCGCAUUAUCCCAGCUGAUGAACUUGGACAGGAGAGUUUCUGUGAGACGUCAGACAUUGUCAAUAUAGUGGCAGACUGUGAUAUCUCUGAGACGGUUCAAGGUAUAAACAAACUUGGGAGGACCUGGCAAUUUGUUCGUGGAUCUCAGAAAGUUGCAACAGAAGAAGCUGAUCAUGAACGAAAGCUGAAAUCUGAGAAUGACAAUAUGGACGUGACGACACCAGAAUGCCAAACUUUGACAGACCCGAAGCCACUUGGAUACGGACUGGAUUCGCCCAUGGCGAUCAUGCCUGAAAACGACAGAGAAAACAUUUCUUUUAUGGCUAUUGGAGAUAACACCAUCAAUUCUGACCAACCAGAGCCUGAACAAUUCUUGAAACCUGUCAGGAGUGUCAUGGCAGCCCACAACAUAUUUGUACUUCAAGCAGUGAAACCGUAUCUUCCCACGCAGUAUGGUGCACGCCAUUUGCAAGAACGGUCAAAGGCAGAGUUGAGAGGUGUUCUCAAAAUAUGGUGAACACUAAAAUUGUGCAGACGGCACGAGAACAACUGGAGAAGAACAAUGUCUUAACUGUAACUGGGGCACCAGGGGAAGGAAAGUCAACCGUUGCAUAUUUAAUCUUGAAUGCUUUUUG